GGUAUCUAGACUUCUGUUCACCAGCAGUUCCAUCCCAGCCUCAGACCAAGAGCUACAUAGAAGCCCAUCCUACCUUGCUAACGUUUCCUCAUCGUCAAUCACCAAAGAUAUCCCUUCAGUAUCUACCAAACCACCACCCAAACCAUCAAAAUGUCGCCCUUCACCAACGCCCUGCUCCUCCUCGCCGCCGCCGCGAGCCAAGCCCUCGCCUACUCGGGCGACAUGACAUACUACACACCCGGCCUCGGGGCCUGCGGAAAAUAUAACUCGGAAGCAGACCACAUCGUGGCGCUAGCGCCCGCGCAGUACGGGCACGACGCGAACCCGAACAACGCCAAGGUGUGCGGGCGCAAGAUCAACAUCCACUACAACGGCAAGACGGCCUCCGCCACCGUCGUCGACAAGUGCCCGUCCUGCGCCUCGGGCUCCAUCGACGUCAGCCCCUCCGUCUUCAAGCAGCUGGCUCCCCUGGCCAAGGGCCGCGUCAAGGUUACCUGGGGGUACUCCGGUACCAACUCUGUCCGCGUAGAGGAUUUGGGUGCUGGCGAGAUCCGGCUCGAGUUGGUUGAUGAGGUGAAUGAGGAGUAUGCGAACUUUGAGGAUGCCGAUGAGAGCGAGUUGUAAGGAUGGAAGGUCUAGAGGUUGGUGACAAGUUAAUUAGUUGAGACGUGAAUUUGGGGGGGGUGGGUGUUUACAAA